AUGGGGGGCAAGUCUCAGAACAAGGCCGCUUACUUCGAUAAGCUCAAGGCCCUCCUCGAGGAGUACAAGUCCAUCUUCAUUGUCGGCGUCGACAAUGUCUCCUCCCAGCAGAUGCACGAGAUCCGUGCCUCGCUCCGUGACGUUGGCGUCGUCCUGAUGGGCAAGAACACCAUGGUCCGCCGUGCUCUUAGGGGCUUCAUUGGCGAGAACCCCGAGUACGAGCGUCUUCUGCCCCACGUCAAGGGCAACGUUGGUUUCAUCUUCACCAACGGCGAUCUGAAGGAGAUCCGUGACAAGAUUCUCAGCAACCGUGUCGCUGCUCCUGCCCGUGCCGGUGCCGUCGCCCCCGCUGAUGUCUUCGUCCCGGCCGGCAACACUGGUAUGGAACCCGGCAAGACCUCUUUCUUCCAGGCCCUCGGUGUCCCCACCAAGAUUGCCCGUGGUACCAUUGAAAUCACUUCGGACCUGAAGCUCGUUGAGGCUGGUAGCAAGGUCGGUGCCUCCGAGGCUACCCUGCUGAACAUGCUCAACAUUUCUCCCUUCACCUACGGUAUGAAUGUUGCCCAGAUCUACGACAACGGCCAGACCUUCGACUCCUCCGUCCUUGACAUCGAGGAGUCGCAGCUCCUUGCCACCUUCUCCUCGGCCAUCACCACCAUUGCCUCCAUCUCCUUGGCUCUCAACUACCCCACUCUUCCCUCGGUCAUGCACUCCGUUGUCAACGGUUACAAGAAGGUGCUGUCCGUCGCCGUCGAGACCGACUACUCUUGGGAGGCCAUCGAGGAGCUCAAGGACCGCAUUGCCAACCCCGACAAGUACGCUUCGGCUGCCCCCGCCGCUGCCGCCGGUGGUGCUGCUGCCCCUGCUGCCGCUGCCGAGGAGAAGAAGGAGGAGCCCGAGGAGUCCGAGGACGAGGACAUGGGCUUCGGUCUGUUCGACUAA